CGGCGAGGAAAAAGAGGGUCGACAGCAAAGCGGUUGCUUCAGCAACGCAAAGCAGUUUUUGAGGGGAAACAUGUCAUUCUUCCCGCGAAAGAGGCACCUCUUGAGCGAAAGCUGAAAGACACUUUCGAACACGACUCUUCGCUUCCUCCCACAUCGCAUCAUACAACAACACUACUACUACUAUCGCCUCCCAUCAAUCGCCUCCUAUCACAAAUCAGGAUAUAUACAGCAUCGAUUCUUUCCGCAAAUACACACAUACUACCACGAAACACAAUGGCCUCCAACCCUUUCAACACUGCCGAGAACACCAACUCUGGCGCAAAGUCCGAGAAGAUGAAUGUGCACCGCCAGUUGUUUGAGAACAAGAUGCGCGAGAACGAGGGCAACCCUACCAACGCCUACGUAUCACCCUCGGACGCCAUCAUGAGCCCCGCCAGUCAAAAGCUCUCGGGUUUCAAGCAAAGACAGAUGAACAAGUCAAACCCCGUCAAGCCCCGCACACUCUUCGCAAAGUCCGCCGCCUCAAAACCCGAAGAAGAGACCGCCGAGACCAAGACCGAGAGUGCCUGAAGCACACCCCACUACACUUC